AUGAAGGAAAAGAACUAUCACGGGCCGUGCUGCCAAGUUGCAGCCAGGUUCGCAUCGGGCGGAACGACGACAAUCCCCCUCUAUAUGUACUUGAUAGCAGAAACUGCGUCCUUAAACUCCAUUACCUGCGACUUUGACAUUGGAGUCAGUUCAGGCACUUGGAAGAGUUUCCUCUUCCCUUCGAGACUGUACCGCUACAGGGCGUGGCUGGCAUUCUUCAUAGCGCCUGCUCAGCAGAUCAACGGUGCGGAAGGCGUGCUGUUUUAUGCACCCACUCUCUAUGAACGAGCGGGCGUUGCAGAGACCAAGCAGGAGCAGUUUACAUUGACAGUGACGAUGGGCCUCGUGAAGGUGAUUUUCAUUGGAGUUUCCGUGGUUGUCCUAGAUUCAGUGGGACGGCGUCCUUGCUCAUCUUCGGUGAGUCUUGUGCUGGUCGGCCUCGGCUUCCGCCGCGACUUGGAGAUCGGCGUCCUAGCUUGCGGCACCUUUGCGUACGUGGCCUUCUUCUCCAUUGGCUUUGGGCCGGUCUGCUGCUGGCUCUACGCUUCGGAGCUGUUCCCAUCACUUCGCAGUAGAGGCAUGAGCCUUUGUGUCCUGCUGAAUCGCUUCGGUGCGUCCUUGGCCUCCUGUUCCUGCCUUUGUCUCUUAGGAGGACAAGCCGGCCUUUUCGGCCUUUACGCUGCAAUCACAGCCGGCAUCACCGUUGUUGCAUACCUCACGGCCAUCGACGAAAGGAAAAGCCUUGGAGGAGAUUUCAGCCCCAAGGGGACACAAGAGCCUUGGCUCGUAGGCUCAAAGUGUCUCAAAGUGUGUUCUCAGCAUCGAAAAUCCCCCGACCUGCUGACUUGGCUGGGUCCACUGUGGUGUCUCCACAUGGACUCUGUACAUGGUUUUGAGCCAGAUCCGCAGCACAGAAAGAGGGGAAUCCCCCGGUGA